AUGUCGUCGAUCGCACGCCCCCCAGACCCCUGUCUAGUCGCGAUCAUCCUCAUCGUUCGGUCGCGCACCGGUCCGCGCCUCGUUUUCCAUUACCCUCCGAACCCGCUUAGCGAGAACCGCUUGAAGUCCACGACCAAGGGCGGCCGGCGCAUCUCCCGCACACGCAGCCGACAAGGCUCCAAGAGUACCGACUCGAGCUCGAGUGAUGAGAGUGGUCUUAGCUCUGAUGAAGAUGAGGAUGAGCGGGAACCUCAUGUUGGUGGGAACACGGUCGCGAACGCAAAUCUGAGUGUGAACUUGAAUGCUGGGCUAGGCCGCCGGGCGAGCAACUUCGGCAUCGACUCACUUACGCUUACGCCGGACGCUGCGUCACCCGGUGGGACAGAUUCACAACGGCCCGGGUCUUUGGGGUCCGGCAGGGCUUCUUCGCUAAGGAAAAGGGGUGGCGCAUGCUCGGAUCCGGAGGAAGAUGCUGGAUCGGAUCGGCCUGAGGAUGGGACUACUGGAGGGUCGCGGCCGCCUUGGGAGUCACUUCUAGGCCUACCCGGUAGCGUGUGGGAGAAACUACUCAGCCCGUCUCGGUCCUGGCAUAAGAGACGCUUUGAGGUUGGGAUUAAUGAUCUCGCCUUGAUCGGAUGGCCGGUAUUCGUGCGCGAAGAUGGGACAUGGCGUAAGCAGCGCCGCAAGAAGAAAAAGAAGCCUCGUGCUGAAUGGGAUGGCGGGGAACUGGGCCACAAUGAGAAUGCUGAAGAUGGUCAGGGUGAAGAAGACCCAGCCAUGUCGCCUGAUCUGGGUGGAAGUGUUGCUACGAUCACCGAGUUGACGCUGACAGCUUCACCUACUGAGGUUAAACGGGCCUCAGCGGCGAGCGGGAAGUUUGGCAAGCAGCAAGAAGAUAGUCUUGAUCCGGAGGAUAAGGACCAAAUGACUAUGUUUAAUGUGGUAUUUGUGAUGGAUCCUCCUCUGCUAGAGUACUCGAUGCGAGUCAAGGAGAUCUACGAGAAUAUCAUUAAGAAAUUUGCCAAGGCGCUGAAGUGGGAACAAGCUCGAACUGACUAUGUUUGGAGGGAGUCGCAGCAUAUCUUGCAGGUUAGGAGGAAAGCGCGAGAAACGAAAACAUCGGUUCAUAACCUCUAUUCAGAGUUGAUUAACCAAUCGUCUUUGGCUAGAGCAAUGUACACAGUCUACACCAGCAUCUCUGCGUCAAAGAUUGCAUCGGUUUCACUCAGCCCUGAUGUCUCCAUCUCGCUUCAGAUUCCUCCAUUGACUUCCACCCCGUACUUGGCUGGGCCUACCGACAAAGCAUAUCCCGGCCUUUGGUUGACAACUGCGGACAGUGCGACUCCAGUUGAUGAUAUCGGAACCGACGAAAACAAUGCUCCUCACCAAGUACUUGCGAAGCACUUUGCCUUGCUUCUCCUGGACAGCGAAGCAGCGAUUAUCAAGGAUGUCGAGGCCUCCGGGGGCACUCUAGCACCCGCUCUAGCCCAUUACAUCCGUUGCUCCAAGCCUACAAAAUCAUUUGCACAAAUAUCAGCUGCAUCAGGGAUCCCACUAUCGACGAUCCAGAUGUUGGCAAGCCACCUGGUAUACUGGCGUCGCGCCCGUGCCAUUCCUCCAAUCCACCAACGAGACACCUACAUCGUGUCUCCAAACUGUGACCUGAGCAAGCUCGAAAUCGCCACAAUCGCCUACCAAACAACAUUCCCCACGCUACCCAGUCUCCCAAAGAUGCUCUCCGCUCUUAGUGGCACACCUCGACCCUACGGCAGCUUCAUCCCCAGCAAAGAUCACAAGGAAACCUACUUCUCCAUCCUAGCCUGGUUGCUCCGCGGCGGCUGGGUAACCCAACUACGAACCUUCGCCCGCAUCAAAGUCACGCCCGAAAUCAAACUAGCCGUAGAAAUGGCCCUCCGAAAAGAAGAAGUAGACCGAUACCUCGCCAAAGGCAGCGUCAGUUCCGUCGCCGACAACGAAGACUCCUCCUCCUCAUCUUCAGACGACGAAGACGCAAACUCCUCCUCAUCCUCUUCCCUCGCAAGCCACGGCAGCGGCGACGAGACACCCAUGCAAGGCCCAGGCAGUCGUCUCGACCCCCACGCCCGCCUACGCAUCUCCCACAAACUCCUCGACCGAUCUACCGCCCUCCGCCUCUCAUCGCUCAUUCUCUCCCCGCACCGCGCAUCCCCGCUCGAGUCACGCUGGCUCGAUGAGAUCGUCGCCCGAUUCCCGGAUCAGCCGGGUUCUUUGCAAGGACUGGAAGGUGCCAGUCCAGAUAUUGCGCCGAAUGAGCUCCAGGGCGUGCUGAAGAGGUAUUGGCCUGUGUUUUUGAAAUACUUUAAUGGGUAUGAUGCGUUGGAGAAGAUUUCUGUGCGGGAGAGUUUGAAGAGAAAGUUGGUGUGGCAGGUGCUUAUGCGGCUGGGGUUCGUGACUGGGCCUGGUAUUUCUAUUGAGCCGGAUCCGCGUGAACAGGUGCUCAUAGGCGUGAGACAUUGGUAG